AGCGAGGAGCCUUUCUUUCUCCGCUUUGAAAACCUUUCGCCUGAUUAACUUGUUUUAUAAACACUUUAAUCUCAGUUUCUUCCCUUACAUUUAUUAUUUUAUAACUUUAUACCGCAUGGGACGCAUUUUAAUUAGAUAGUAGAUAAGGCCAGAGAAGCAGCAGAGAGCAGACUCCCCUGGACCCAGCCGUGUCUCCAUGAAGAGCAUACGUAACCUGUUCAGAAAAAAUAAGCAAAUUAAUGAACAAGGAGUCCAGCAGCAGAGAGCAGACUCCCCUGGACCCAGCUGUGUCUCCAUGAAGAGUGACCGCUCUAUGGAUUAUCCUCCUGAAUUUAAAGAUGGACGGCCCUCCAGAGAGGAGAGAAGGCAGCAGAGAGCAGACUCCCCUGGACCCAGCUGUGUCUCCAUAAAGAGUGGCUGGUCUAUGGGUCAUCCUCCUGACCUUAAAGAUGGACACCCCUCCAGAGAGGAGAGGAACAUGAGGUCAGACUGAUUGAAACAGCUUCCAGAAAACCAACCAUGGAGGAAACACCAAUCAAAUGUGAAGACAUCUUUAAACCCUCACCUGGACAAGAUCAACCAAUCAGGACAAUUAUGACAACUGGAGUGGCCGGCAUUGGUAAAACCAUCUUAACUCACAAGUUCACUCUGGAGUGGGCUGAAGGCAAAACCAACCAGGACAUACACUUCACAUUUCUCCUCACCUUCAGAGAGCUGAAUUUACUGAAAGGGCAAGAGUUAAGCUUGGUGGAACUCCUUCAUAAUUUCUUCAUUGGAACCAGUGAAGCAGGAAUCUGCAGAUACGACCGGUUAGACGUUGUCUUCAUCUUGGAUGGUCUGGAUGAGUGUCGUCUUCCUCUGGACUUCCUGAGAAACCCGAUCUGGACUGAUGUCACAGAGUCCACCACGGUGGACGUGCUGCUGACAAACCUCAUCAGGGGCGACCUGCUUCCCUCCGCUCGCAUCUGGAUAACCACACGCCCUGCGGCAGCCAAUCAGAUCCCUGCUGUGUGUGUUGACAUGGUGACAGAGGUGAGGGGGUUCACCGACCCACAGAAGGAGGAGUACUUCAGAAAGAGAUUCAAAGAGGAGACGCUGGCCAGCACAAUCAUCUCCCACGUCAAGAAAUCACGAAGCCUCCACAUCAUGUGUCACAUCCCAGUCUUCUGUUGGAUCACUGCUACUGUUCUGGAGGACAUCUUAAAAACAUCCAAGAGAGGAGAAAAGAUGCCCAAGACCGUGACUCAGAUGUACAGCCACUUCCUGAGGGUUCAGUCCAUACAGGGGGACAGGAAGUACCAUGGGAGAUCUGAAACAGAUCCACACUGGAGUUCAGAGAGCAGGGAGAUCAUCCUUUCUUUGGGAAAACUGGCUUUUAACCAGCUGGAGAAAGGCAACCUGAUCUUCUACGAGGCAGACCUGGCAGACUGUGGCAUCGAUAUCAAAGAAGCCUCAGUGUACUCAGGAGUGUUCACCCAGAUAUUUAAAGAGGAGUGCGGGAUGUACCAGGCCAGGGUGUUUUGCUUUGUCCAUCUGAGCCUCCAGGAGUUUCUGGCUGCCCUUUAUGUCUUUCUGCCCUUCAUCAACGAUGUUGAUGAACCAACCUCUGGGAAAGAUAAACUCCUCCUCCUCUACCAGAGUGCUGUGGACAAGGCCUUAGAGAGUAAGAACGGACACCUGGACUUGUUCCUCCGCUUCCUCCUGGGCCUCUCUCUGGAGACCAAUCAGAUUAUCCUACGAGGUCUGCUGGGACAGAAAAAAAGAUCACUGACCACUCAGAUUAAAGCAGGUCUGCUGCGACUGACCGGAAGUAGGUCACAGACCAAUGAGGGAACAGUGUCACAGAUCAAUGAGAGAACAUUGUCUUACAUCAAGGAGAAGAUAAAAGGGGACCUAUCUCCAGAGAGAAGCAUCAAUCUGUUCCACUGUCUGAAUGAACUGAACGACCGUUCUCUAGUGAAGGAGAUCGAACAGUACCUGACAUUAGGAAGUCUCUCCGGAGAAUCUCUCUCCCCUGCUCAACUUUCAGCUGUGGCCUUCAUCCUACUGACAUCAGAAGAGGAGCUGGACGUGUUUGACCUGAACCUGAAUGCCUGUCAUCUGUCAGAGAGAUUCUGCUUUGAAGCUCUGGCCUCAGUUCUCAGCUCCAACUCCUCUAGUCUGAGAGAGCUGGACCUGAGUACCAAUGAUCUGCAGGAUUCAGGAGUGAAGCUGCUCUCUGCUGGACUGGGGAGUCCACACUGUACACUGGAAACUCUCAGGCUCAAUGGCUGUUGUCUGUCAGAGAGAUGCUGUGAAUCUCUGGCCUCAGUUCUCAGCUCUAAUUCCUGUAGUCUGAGAGAGCUGGACCUGAGUACCAAUGAUCUGCAGGAUUCAGGAGUGAAGCUGCUCUCUGCUGGAUUGGGGAGUCCACACUGUACACUGGAAACUCUCAGGCUCAAUGGCUGUCAUCUGUCAGAGAGAUGCUGCGAAGCUUUGGCCUCAGUUCUCAGCUCCAACUCCUCUAGUCUGAGAGAGCUGGAGCUGAGUACCAAUGAUCUGCAUGAUUCAGGAGUGAAGCUGCUCUCUUCUGGACUGGGGAGUCCACACUGUACACUGGAAACUCUCAGGCUGAAUAGCUGUCAUCUGUCAGAGAGAUGCUUUGAAGCUCUGGCCUCAGUUCUCAGCUCCAACUCCUCAAGUCUGAGAGAGCUGGACCUGAGUACCAAUGAUCUGCAGGAUUCAGGAGUGAAGCUGCUCUCUGCUGGACUGGAGUCCACACUGUACACUGGAAACUCUCAGUGCUGUAGGAUGCGACCUGUUGCAGAUGAUGCAGAUGCCUGUGACCUCACACUGGACCCCAACACAGCCCACAGAGAACUCUCUCUGUCUGAGGACAACAGGAAGGUAACGUGGGUUGGAGUGGACCAGUCGUAUCCGGAUCACCCAGACAGAUUUGACUCCUGCUCCCAGGUGUUGGGUAGAGAGGCUCUGACUGGCCGCUGUUACUGGGAGGUAGAGUGGGAAGGACGGGUUGGUAUAGGAGUGACAUACAGAGGAAUCACAAGGAGAGGACGGGGUGGUGACAGCCUGCUUGGACAGAACAUCAAGUCCUGGUGUCUUGAUUGUUUUGAUGGUCUUUACUCUGCCCUGUACAACGGUACAGAGACAGACCUCCCCCUCCCCCCCGCUGGCUCCACCAGAGUAGGAGUGUAUCUGGACCGGCCUGCUGGCUCUCUGACCUUCUACAGAGUGUCCCCAGGUGGAGGAGGGUCCUCAGACACACUGACACACCUCCACACCUUC